AUGGCUUACGUCUGGCUCGCCUGCCGUAACAAUGGUGUCAUGGAAGUCGAGCACAGUCUCUGGCCAUUCUUGUUGUGCUUCGUGACCGUGCCUGCCUCGCUACAUCUUUGUGGCGUGGGCGCCGCGUACAAGAUCCACUGGUUCGAUUUGCUGGUUGCCAUGUGUAUCCUUGCCAUGUCGAACACUUGCGGCAUCACCCUCAGCAUUAACUACCUAGUCGACAGCUACGGAAAAUUUAGCCGUGAUACGAGGUCGAGUAUUAUGCAAGUUCGGAAGACGAUGUCUUUUGCCAUGGGAUACGGUAUCACCCCGUGCAUAAGCAACAUUGGCUACCAGAACUGCUUUAUCUCAGCGGCGUUCAUUGGCAUGGUCUGCUCUGGCAUUUUUCUUGUGAUGACGAGAUGGGGCAAGACGUUCCGCACGCGCGCCCGGGAGAAGUACUGGAAUAUUGUCGUCGAGAAUCGACUACAGGGAAUGGCCAUUAACCUCUCAUCCUAA